AGUUUUCCCAUGCCUGCUCAAAGCACUUGGUUGGACUGGAAUCACAAAUGGAGAAUACGGAUUUACAAGUUUUUUGUUUUUCACACAAUUGAAGCUACAGCUUAUCAUCCAAAACGGCUACUAAGUACUUUUACAACAACUGCAGCUCCUCUGUAAGUAGGAGGCAGCAAGACCUCCGGACAGGCAUGGCUGAGGGAGGUGUUUUGCUAUUCUCAUUGAAGGGCAAUACAGAACCAUUGGCCGUGAACGUUGCAAAGAGACUUGGUAUAUCGCUUGCUUCCUUGUCCAUUGGGUUUUUCAAAAACUCAGAAACAAAAAUUGAAAUUGAAGCAUCAGUAAGAGGGAAGGAUGUGUUCUUGCUGCAAAUUGUUGACAAUAAUCCAAAUGAUGCCAUCAUGGAGUUACUCAUCACCUCAUAUGCUUUGAAGACAUCUUGUGCUAACAGAGUUGUUGGUGUCAUUCCAUAUCUACCAUAUUCUAAACAAAGCAAAAUGAGAAACAGGGGAGCCAUUCCUGCCAAACUGAUUGCAACCAUGCUUUGCAGAUCAGGUAUUGAUCAAGUCAUUACAAUGGACCUGCAUUCAAAAGAAAUUCAAGGCUUUUUCAAUUGUCCUGUUGAUAAUUUGAGGGCUUCUCCAUUUUUGAUUCAGUACAUCCAAGAUAAGGUUCCUGAUUAUCGCAAUGCAGUCAUUGUUGCAAAAAACCCAGGUUCUGCUGCAAGAGCUCAGUCCUUUGCUGAGAGGCUGCGGCUAGGUCUUGCUGUAAUUCAUGGUGACCAAUUUGAAGCAGACAGUGAAAUAGUGGAUGGGAGGCAUUCUCCUCCUCCUGAACGAACCCGAAGAAUUUCAAAGUCUAUGUACAGCGAAGUUGCUUCUGAGCUUAUUCCACCAGGAAUGCAUAUCAAGACAAAGCAACCAAUGAAUUUGGUGGGAGAUGUUGACGGGAAGAUCGCAAUUAUUGUGGAUGAUAUAGUGGAUGAUGUUUCACCAUUGGUAAUGGCAGCCAGACUACUCAAAGAAAGGGGUGCAUACACAAUAUAUGUUAUGGCAACUCAUGGCUUGUUAUCUUCAAAUGCCCCAUCAAUGGUUGAAGAUUCAUGUAUUGAUGAGGUAAUUGUAACAAAUACAAUUCCAUCAACUGAAAAGGAAGCAAAAUGCACAAAAAUCAAGUCAGUUGAUAUCAGUGCUAUCCUUGCUGAGGCUGUAAGAAGAAUUCAUAAUGGAGAAUCCAUGUCUUACCUCUUUAGGGACAUUCCACUUGAAGAUUAGGUCCAAUACAAAAGAAAAGGUAAUAGCUGUAUCAGAUGUAUGAUAUGAAAAAACCAGAAGCUGAAAGGACAGGAGAAAAGCAUGAUAAUGUACAGAGCCUUUCACAAAUGUGUCGAAGAAAAUAUAGAUUUAUGCUUUGUAAAAAAGCAACAGGAAACAUGUGACAAUAUGGUAUUUAUUUCAUGGAGUUAUUGUCUGGUUUAUGAUUUUUGAUAAUGUAUUUUAAUAUGA